GCAACGGAGUGUCAAUGCAAAGAUUAGGGAGUCCUGGCAGGAGUUUCGUGAACCCGCGGGCUGCUGCCCAGCUCAGCCUCGCGCACGUGCAGCGCCCGGGUCCCGCGUUCGCGGUGCAGCGCGCUCUCGCCCCGGCAGGAACUUCAGGAACUUGGCUUUCGUCUUGUUCCCAAAGCACGACUUUAGGUUUUUGGUUUUAUGUGUUUUUUUUUUUUUUUCUUGUAAAUUGCUGAGUGUGGAGAGGCCCCGCCUUUCCGGGCCAGAGCUUGUCCGCGGGGCCGCCCCUCCCGCGCUCCCCAGCGGGUGCUCCUUCCCUGACAGCGCUGGAGGGCCCGGCGGCGGCGACCCACGAAACCCAUGGCGCUGCCCGCCUGGCUGCAGCCCAGGUAUAGAAAGAACACCUAUCUUUUCAUCUACUACUUACUCCAGUUCUGUGGCCACUCAUGGAUAUUUACCAAUAUGACAGUCCGGUUCUUUUCAUUUGGAGAAGAUUCCAUGGUUGACACUUUUUACGCCAUUGGUCUUGUGAUGCGCCUUUGCCAGUCCAUCUCCCUCCUGGAGCUGCUGCACAUAAGUGUCGGCAUUGACCCAAACCGUCUCCUUCCCAGGCUUCUGCAGCUCACAGAGAGAAUAAUCAUCCUCUUUGUGGUGAUCACCAGUCAAGAGGAAGUCCAAGAGAAGUACACUUACAGCAUGUUAUCAGUCAUAGGGAUCUCCUAUGCCGUCUUGACCUGGCUCAGUCAGACACUGUGGAUGCCGAUUUAUCCUCUGUGUGUUCUUGCUGAAGCAUUUGCCAUCUAUCAGUCGCUGCCUUAUUUUGAAUCAUUUGGCACUUACUCCACAAAGCUGCCCUUUGACUUAUCCAUCUAUUUCCCGUACGUGCUGAAAAUAUAUCUCAUGAUGCUCUUUAUAGGUAUGUAUUAUACCUACAGUCAUCUUUACUCAGAAAGAAGAGACGUCCUCAGAGUCUUUCCCUUUAAAAAGAAGAAAACGUGAAGCACGCGUUCCGACGUGACGUAAGAAAAAACAGGCUUGUGGAGUUAGCUGCAGCAACCAGCACAGGAAGCCUUCCGGUGGGAAAAUAGCUGGUACUCGACACAACUGUUCUUUUCAAACUUAGAUCACAGCAGCCUGUUAUCCUCGCAGAUUUUCAAAACACAUUCUCUGUACAACCUACUUGACCAAAGCUGUGGACUUUAUACAAGUUUAUUUUCCUGUAAGGUGAAUGAGACAUAGAUUAACUGGAAUGGCUUCAAUUAAAGUGAGAAACCAAAGUUGUUAGCCAGAAUUGUACCUGUUUACAUCUAUUUCGUUUCACUUUGGAGUUCGCAAAUAGCGACUCCCCAGGAGGGCAACAACGUGAAAUAUGUUCUGCGGUUGUCACCAGGGCCAGAGUUCACCCCCAUCUUACACAUGAGACAUGCUUAGAAAAGUAUACAUUUUCCAAACCCUGAAAGAGUAUCCAUUAAUAUUUGGACUUGGUAAAUAUACAAAUAAUGUUCCAUAUUCCUUUUCUGGGGCGGGGGGGUUGAAAUCAGGCCAUAUACUUACCUUACAGGGAGACAAAAGGUAAAACUAUAGUUAUUUUAAAGGAGGCAAGGCAAUGAAGAAUGAGUGGUGUUUCAUAUUAUUACUGAAUUAUUGCUAAUAACUAUGUCACACAUAAGUCAUCACCUAGAGUUUUGAAAACUCUUUGAAGAUCUAAAAUACAUGAAUCAUUGACUAAUACCAUUUCUUGAAAGAAUGCUAGAAUCUUAUUAUCCAGUAACUGUAUAGAAAGUUUACUAAAUACUUUAUGACAUAAAAACCAGGUAGUAAGAUGCAGUUACAAAAAAACUGGUAACUAAAUAAAAUAUUUAAAAAGAAACAA